CCAAAGCAAAACUCCACUAAUAAUAUUGUGGCGCCUCUCCGUCUCCUUCGCUGCUAACUCCUCAGUCCUCUCACUCUCCUUAUUGCCGCCACUGUUUCUGUUGAAACCCAAAUGGCCCUAAUCAAAUCAAAGCUUCGUUUUCCCAACCUCUUUUCUUCUCCCUUUAAGCUCCAAUUGGGACUUUACGCUUUCUUUUCAUCUUCCUCGGAAGCACAUCUUUCAGAGGAGGACACAAACGACAAUCCCCAAACUGGCCCUACCUCCUCCAGCUUAUCCCCCGAAGAAACCCUAAUCGCCGACAAACUUCACUCCCUCAUCAAAGGGCACCACCGGAAAAACCCAAGCCCCGACUCCAACCCCUCUCCACCUAACCCUAACUUCACAAUCCCCUCUCUCUCUCUCGACUUCUCCCAAAUCUCGGCCGUCCACUCCCUCUCCCCGGGCAUCGUCCGCCGCGUGAUCGAGAAAUGCGGUGGGGUCCGACACGGCAUCCCGGUCCUCCAGGCCCUGGCCUUCUUCAACUGGGCCACGGCCCAAGACAGGUUGGGCCAGUCCCCCGAGCCCUACAACGAGCUGGUCGACCUCGCCGGGAAGGUGAGGCAGUUCGACCUGGCCUGGCACGUGCUCGAUCUCAUGAAGACCCGGAACGUGGAAAUUACUAUCGAGACCUUCUCGAUCCUCGUGCGCCGCUACGUAAGGGCCGGAUUCGCUGCGGAGGCGGUGCACGCUUUUAACCGUAUGGACGAUUACGGUUGUAAGCCUGAUAAGAUUGCUUUCUCUGUCGUGAUCAGUAAUCUGUGCAAGAAAAGAAGAGCGACCGAAGCGCAGUCGUUUUUCGAUGGCUUGAAGGACAAGUUUGAGCCGGAUGUCGUUUUGUACACAAACUUGAUCCACGGUUGGUGUCGUGCGGGCAAUAUUUCCGAGGCCGAGAGCGUUUUCAGCGAAAUGAAAAAGGCGGGUAUUAAGCCUAAUGUCUACACUUACACUAUUGUCAUUGACGCGUUGUGUAGGUGUGGGCAAAUCACGCGUGGCCAUGAUGUUUUCUCGGAGAUGAUCGACGUUGGAUGUCAACCAAACGCGGUUACUUUCAAUAAUCUCAUGCGUGUUCAUGUCAAGGCUGGAAGGACUCAAAAGGUUUUGCAGGUGUUUAAUCAGAUGAAGAGGCUGAAAUGCGAAGCCGAUGUGAUUACGUAUAAUUUUCUGGUGGAUUGUCAUUGCAAGGAUGAGAAUCUUGAUGACGCUGCUAAGGUGCUUAACUUGAUGGUUAAGAAAGGGUGCAACCCGAAUUCGUCGACAUUUAAUCCGAUAUUUAGGCUGGUUGCGAAGUUGAAGGACGUGAAUGCUGCUCAUAGGAUGUAUGCCAAGAUGAAGGAAUUGAAGUGCAAGCCUAACACUGUGACUUACAAUGUGUUGAUGCAAAUGUUUGCAGAAUCGAAGUCUAUGGAUAUGGUUCUGAAGUUGAAGGAGGAGAUGGACGAGAGUGAGGUUGAGCCGAAUGUGAACACUUAUCGGGUUUUGAUCGUGAUGUUUUGCGGGAUGGGGCAUUGGAAUAAUGCCUACAGGUUCUUUAGGGAGAUGAUUGAGGAGAAGUGCCUGAAGCCGAGUUUUCCUGUUUAUGAGAUGGUUUUGGAGCAGCUGAGGAAGGCAGGGCAGUUGAAGAAGCAUGAGGAGUUGGUGGAGAAAAUGGUCGCUAGAGGAUUUGUAACCCGUCCAUUGUAGAAUUAGCUUACUCAUCUUUCUUUAUCAUGAGUUUUGUAACUGUAUUGCAUUCUUCUUUGAUGAUGAAAUUUUGAU